CAGUCUGCUGCGAUGGAUCCUUUCGCCGGUAUGGAUGAUUCUACUACUGACGAUGACAACGCCUCCCAGGCCACAGAGGACGACCCCCAGGUGCCGGAGAAUAAGGAGCCGCCAGCUCCCGCACCGCCUCAACCGCCACCCCCAACUUCCAGCUCUCGUGCUAAGCCUCAUUACGAGCUUAAGCAUACCAUGCGGGGACACACCUCGUCCAUCUCUGCUGUAAAGUUUAGUCCCGAUGGUACUCUACUCGCUUCUUGCUCGAACGACCGUGUUGUCAAAAUAUGGUCGCCAUUCACCGGAGAGCUCAUCCGGAAUCUUAAUGGUCACACCAAGGGCCUUUCCGAUAUUGCAUGGUCGUCUGAUAGCGUCUACCUGGUCUCCGCAUCGGACGACCAUACCGUCCGCAUCUGGGAUGUCGAUUCGGGGCUCACCACCCGGGUGCUGAAAGGUCACACGAGCUAUGUCUUUUGUGUCAACUACAAUUUGACCUCUACACUUCUCGUCUCCGGGGGAUGCGACGGCGACGUGCGGAUAUGGAAUCCGCAAAAAGGAAAGUGUAUCAAAACUAUUCAUGCACACUUGGACUACGUGACUGCGGUGCAUUUCAACCGAGACGCGGGUCUGAUAGUCUCCUGCGCGCUGGACGGACUGAUUCGUAUAUGGGAUACCAACAGCGGGCAGUGUCUCAAAACGCUGGCCGAAGGCCAUGAUGCCAUCUGCCAGCACGUGCAAUUUUCGCCCAAUUCGAAAUAUAUCCUCUCGACAGCGCACGACAGCGCGAUCCGGUUGUGGGACUAUAACACCUCGCGCUGCCUCAAGACAUACACGGGCCACGCCAACUUAAAAUACUGCAUCGCGGCUUGCUUCAGUGUCACGGGCAGCAAGUGGAUCGUCUCCGGCAGCGAGGACAACAAGGUCUAUCUCUGGGACCUGCAGUCCCGGGAGAUCGUGCAGGUCCUCGAAGGCCACUCGGACGUUGUAGUCGCGGUUGCUACACAUCCACAACAAAAUAUGAUAGCGUCGGCAUCCAUGGAGUCCGACCUGACAGUUCGCGUGUGGGUUGACCGAGUCGCGCUCCCUCAAUGACCACAUCCCAUCGCUGACUGUAUUGAC